AUAUGUUUACUAUUUAAAAUCCCAAAUCUGUACGGCCAUCCACUAACUUGUAAACUUGGUAAGUCACUAUAUUUUCGUUUUUUCUCUUUUCCCCCUACACUUUGUGAACUAUAAUAUGGCAGAAAAAUUGUUGAAUUUUGAUGACAUGGAAGUCGUCUUGGACGAUGAUUCCCCGGAAGUCGUUUUAGAGGAAUUCGGAAGUUCUAGUUUUCCCGACGAUGACAUAUUCGAUUCGUUAUUAGUACCAGAAAACGAAGCGGCUACUAUAGAAACCACGAUCGAAGUUCCUGCAGGUUCUUCAGAAAAAGAAGAACUGGCCGUUGUGUAUAAUCUCGAAGGAAACACCAUUCAGCGUUACAAUUUGAAUCAGGACAAAGUCAAGGUGGAGUCUGAAAAUAAAGCUACUUCUAGUACCAAGAGGAAAAUAAGCAGCAGUGAUGAUGAAGCAGUGGAGGGUCCUAGAUCCAAACAAAUGGGCAAGAUUCCAUUAGCGCUGAGGGGACUAAUUGGACAAGCCAAAAUGUUUAUGUUGACGAAAAACUAUAACAUGGCUAUUCAAAUAUGUAUAAACAUAUUAAAAGAAUGUCCAAAUGCUUCUGAACCGUUUUUUACAUUAUCAGAUAUCUAUGAACAAUUGGGCGAUAUGAAAAAAAGCUUAGAAACUGCUGUGAUCGGCAAUAGCCUUAGUAGUGUAACGUCUGAAGAUUGGGUAUUGUUAGGCGAGACUUGUGAAGCAAACAAUAUGUUGGAAUUAACUGAAUUUUGUUUGACUAAAGCUGUUAAAAAAGAUAAACGUAAUGUAGACCUUCACAUUAAAAGAGCUUCGAUAUUAGAACAGUUAGGUACAGCCAAAAGUGUUUUAAAUGAAUAUGAUCGUCUAUUGCGUAAACUACAGCCUGAACAGAAAGAAUCAAUUUUGAGUCUUUCCAAAUUAUUGAUAGAUAAUUUUGUUAAAAAUAAAAACUACGAACGUGCAUCAAACAUAAUGAUAUAUUUAUUCAGUAUUUUUCCAGAUGAUAUAAACCCUAAGGAAUUUUCUAAAUGUUUAGGUUACCUUAUUCAAAGUAAGAGCUACAAAAAAUGUUUUGAGCUAAUGUUUGAGUAUUAUAGUAUCGAGUUUGUGGCCGAUAUUAACGACAAUACAGCUACUAUAACGGAAGUAGUGGAAUGUGUAGUUCCGCCUAAUUUGCCCAUGGUAGUACGUGUAAAACUAAUAGAAACCUUGAUACAUCUUGGAGCUUUUUCAAUACUGCCUGUGAUUUAUCAACCUCUUUUAGACUUACCGGAAGCAAGCCAAUAUCAUUUAGAUAUUGCUAAUGUUUUUUUUGAGCAUAACCAACAUAGUCAUGCAAUUUUGUUCCUAGAAAAAUUAGUGGAUUGCAAAAAUGAGCAAUUCGAUCUUACGACAAUUAAAAUCAAAUAUUCUAGCUGUUUAAAAACUCUAGGACGAUUGGAGCAAGCUGUUGACAGUUACAAUAUGCUGCUUGUGAAAAAUCCUAAGCAACUAAAAGUCAAAUUUGAUCUUUACAUGUCUUUAAAAGAAUUGAACAAAAUAGAGGAAAGUUUGGAAAUAUUGCGUCUUGACAAUUUUGAUAAUCAAGAUUGCCGGUUUUUGUACGAAUAUGCUUCAGCUAUUGUUGAUAAAGAUGAAAUGUUUGACGAGUGUUUGAAAAUUGUUAAGUUAAUGUUAUCCCGCCACUGUAUACCAGUAGAUUCCUUAAGAGAAGUAAAGACGAUGGUAGCGAUCCAAAAUACAGAAUAUAGGCAUGACACGUUGCUGAUUAUGAAGAAAGAUUCAGGAGACUAUCGACCAGACAAAUUUUCUGUGGCAAACCCAUUACCUACAGCUGAAGAAGAAUGGAAUUUGUUUCAUACCGUUUGUCAGAAAUGUAUAAUGAAAAACUACAAUUAUGAAGCUUUGAAACUACUUCUUUCAGCCAUGAAUUCUAUUGUAUUUGCCCUUUACAAUCAUAAUAUAAUAUUAAACGCUAUACAGUGUUCGUAUAAAGUCCGUGCGUUCAAAUUGGGUUUUAUGUUAUCAAAAUAUCUGUUGAUGAAAUACCCACAAGCCCCUCAAUUGGCAAAUCUGUUUUAUUUUUUCUUUAAACGAUGUUCUGUGAAAAAACAGGCAAAGUUUAUUUUUCGUCUAGCCGCUAAAUAUCCGGAUAAUGUUGCCCUGAACAUUCUCGAUACUAACGUGUUUAACGAUACGUAUAACUAUCAAUUGAUAAUCUCCAGGUAUACAGAACUUUUAAGCAAAUUUGAAGACAAAAGUUCUUUAUACUUCAUGUUAGGAGUUGUUGUGCUCAGGUUGUGUACAUUUAAAGUGGGUACAGAAAGGCACAGUUUGACUCUUCAAGCUAUUGGUUUCUUAAUGAAAUACAAAGAACAUCGAGGUGUAGACCGCGAACAAGAAUGUUACUACAACAUUGCUAGGGCACAUCAUCAAGUCGGCAUGGUCUCAAAGGCUUUACAUUACUAUAAACAAGUUUUGGAAAUAGAACCUUUUGAACAAGAACAAUGUUUAAAACAAGCGGCAGCCUAUAAUUUGCAUUUGAUUUACAAAAACUCUGGAAAUAUUGAAGUUGCCCUUAUGUAUCUUGGUCGCAUUCAAGUUUAACUUGAUAGUUGACUUAUAUUAAAUUAAAUGUUUUUCUUUUUUUUUUAUGUGCUACGCCUAAAUGUGAAAAUGUGUUAUUUAUACUAAUUAAAUUGUAAAUUUUUGUUUAAGUUCUUUGUUCUAAAUACAAAAAGGUUAAACCACAUUCAUUGAAUCUUUUUUUUUUUAUUAUUAUGAAACGAUGUGAUUUAUGGAUUAUGAUUCUUAAAAUUAAACAAAUAUUUAUACUUAUUGAUUAUUAACAAA